AUUUGUAGCAUUAUUAUUGCUCUGUCAUAGUAACAAACAGUAAAACUCUUAUCUUUCCCAGUCAUAAUUGUGAAAUUUCCACACAGAUGUGAUUCACUGCUGUCUAUACAGCACAAGUACAAGACUACAUGGAGUGUGAAGUGGAGCUGUUCAUAGAGGACGUUCAUAGCGCAUGCGCAUACAGGCACGCCUCUGUUCAAGGAUGGUCUAAAAGAACUUCAGGAUGAUAAUAUAUGCUAAACACAGAACUUAUCGGUAAUACAGAACAUUAAUAUCCAUGGACGGAUCACUAGCAGAGUGCACUGUAAUUGAUGUAGCUGUUCAAUGGGCCGGGUGGACUAUCGCGUCAGCUCUAAAAACGGAAAAGUUUUACAAUUUGGCAGGUAAAUCCUAGUACGAAAGCGUUGCAUAGAUCAGUCAUAUUUGGUAAAAUUCAGGACACCUGAGGCAGAGUAUAUAGAUUGGCCUGGUUACUGCAUGGGGACUGAAACCCGGGACAUUUCUCUUCCACUGGAUCAUGAAAGAAGGACAAGACCACAGAUUCAGCAAUGUCAGAAAUCGCCCUGGGAUAUUCUUUGUGUACUGGACCCUGCAAGCUUUAUGGGUGUUUGUCACCUUCUUACCCACUCUGUUUCUAAACAUGGAGCUAAGAGAUAAGCCACUGGGCCCUUGUGAUUACAUUGUUUGGGGAAUCUGGUCUCUGGGCUUCGCAACAGAAAUGAGUGCUGACCAGCUGAAAUAGAAUUUUAUGAAGAACUCUGAUAAUGCUGGUAAGUUUAUCCAGCACAGGCUUUGGGCCUAUAACAAGCACCCUAAUUCCCUGGGAGAAAUCCUGCAGUGGUCAGGUGUUAUGCAAGGGCUUUUGUACCUCAGCCUUGUGUUGCCUCUCUUCCUAUGGUUCCUGUUCGGACAUGUGAACGGCAUUCCCAUCCUGGAGAAACAGGCCUUGAAGAAGUGGGGAACAGACUCCACAACUACAUCAGGAACACUGCACUAUUCUGGCCAUUUCCUCAGUUCUAAUACCAGGUCUUGAGUUUUCCUGGAAACCUGGGCCAC